AUGUCCUCCGCCCUCCUCCUCCUCCUCCUCUUCCUAACCCUAAUCGCCACCGCCACCUCAUCUCCAAUUCUCGGCCUCGACACCUUCCUCUCCCACCAAUCCCGCUUUGACCGUCAAGCCUCCAACGACUCAUUCCUCUCUCUCUCCUCCACUCUCCGCCGCUCCCUCUCUCUCUCCUCCUCCGCUGCUUCUCUCUCCACCCUCACCCUCCCUCUCUCUAUCCACGUCCGCCUCCUCGGCCCCGCCUUCCCUCCCUCCUCCGCCACCCUCCUCUCCUCCUUCCUCUCCGCCUCCCACACCUCCGACCACUUCCACGUCAUCACCCCCUCCGACUCCGACUCCCACCGCCUCGCCGUCAAGCACUCCCUCCACCUCGACGUCACUCACUCCCCCUCCCUCGCCUCUCACCUCUCCAAAACCCUAGCCUCCGAGAUCGCCUCCUCCCCCUCCAGCCUCCGAUCGCCGCUCGUCUCCGUCGCCCACGCCUCCAUCGACCGGAUCAUCGCCGCCGACUUCGAGAAGCAGAAGCCCGUCCACGGCGUCUACCUCUAUUUCCUUGAUCUGGGACCCCAAUCCAAGCCCUACGCCUACAGCUAUGGCUCCGGCGACUCCUCCCCCGGCUUCACCAACUGCUUGGGGAGCCUCUGGACCGGGUCAGACCGCUACAUUUGGAUCGACUUGAGAGCCGGACCGGUCGACUACGGCCCUGCGCUCUCCGGCGACGGCGUCCUCCCCAAGGGCGAGUUUCAUCCUCUGGCGGCGCUUCACGGCUCGCCGAAAGCUCAGAAGGCGUUGCUGGCCGACUUGGCUUCACUGGUGUGGAGUGCUUACCAGGUUCUACUCGUUCCUUCUCUGAGAAUUCCUGUUCAGUUUGAGAAUUCAUUGCUUGUUCAAUUUAUACAUGUUUACGGAGGCGGUGAGGUAUCAAAAGGUUUGGAUUGGAAAUCAAUUGAGAUGACAUUUAUGAAUGAGGCUAGGGAGAAUGGAUUGCUGUUAGGGGAUCAGUCCUUGAGUUUCAAGACUUAUAAGGUGAGCUAUUCCGAGUGCUCGAUAUGUUCAUUUGCCAUUGCCAGGUCGAUUAACUCGUACACGUCGAGGUUCUUGUUUGAGAACUACACGCUGAUUGCGAGUGAGUAUCUGGAUUCUAAGAGGCUGCAUCAGAUACUGUCCGAGUCUGCCGAGGAGUUCAGGAGGGUGGCGGGGUUUCCUGAGGAGGAGGAUUUCGGCAGGGUGCUUCCUGUGUAUGUGUUUGAUUUGGAUGUCAACGUGCUGUUGCUGCUCGAUAGGUAUCACCAGACGGUUGCGUUUAAGGACAUGGUGAUUGCAGUGAGGACGAGGAACACGCAGACUGUGAGUGAUUAUAGCUGCAAUGGGCGCCAUGUGUUUACGCAGACAAGGGAGCUUGAGAGACCACUUGUUGGUUCGAUUUUGCAGAGUAUGUGGGGAGUCUCGCCCACUCAUAUGUUGUGGAGCCCUAGGCACAAUACUACCUUGGUGGAUUACACAUGGAGUGUCGGGCAGACUCCAUUUGGGCCUUUUUCUGAGAUGUCAUCACUAUCAUUCGUACAGAAGGAUGCUGCUCGGAGAAAUGUUCUUUUGACAUCACUAAAUUACAGCAUAUCGAGUGCUGUAGAUGUUCUUGAAUCCAUAGCUGCUCAUGGUGGGGAGAGAAAGCUCCUGAAACAUAAUCAGCAUGUUGAGUUUGUACAAAGGUGGAAUUUCUUCAAGUACAAGCUGGACAAGGCUGUUUCUGCAAUGUCACAUUUGGAUUUUGAGAUGGCUUUAUACUAUAUAAAGUCCUCAGAUCAUGAUCUAUAUGCCAUCCACUCUAUUGUCUAUCAUGUCUCCCAGGAAUUGGAGGCCUCCCUUGUAUGCUUUAAGGAUCCACCAUUUCCCUGGUCUUUUGUGUUUUUGGUUGUGGCGCUUGUCCUUCUUGGCUUUUAUAUUAACUCGAGAAAACACAAACUAUUCAGAAGUAAGAGUAAGCAAUUUUGAAGCUCUUUAGUACAGAAAGAGGAAAAGAAGUUUUGUAUCUUUUGAAUGCAAUUUCACUGUAAGGAACUUGUACUUCUGUAAGGAACUUCAUCAGAUCAUGAACUAGUAUUCAGUUGCCGGUAAUUUCACUGUA